AUCCCACCCUCUGUCUCGGGGCGAGAAACCUUCGCCUGUAAAGCCAGCGGACAUCCUUUCCGAACACCUGCUUCUGUAUCUGUUGUUCACUCAAUGCAGGUUAGAUGCUCUUACUUUACGACUACGCCGUCAUGGGGUACGCUCCGUGCCAUGGCUAUCAUAUCGAUGCUACUAUGUGGGGCCCUGUGGUAUCUGACUACAUGGCGGGAUGACGCGACAAAGUUGCGCUUCAGCGAGAGCUCCAGUGGGCUCGGUCAACACGAAUCGAGCGAGUUACCAAGUCAUGAUGAGCAAUCAAAACACCCUAUCGAACGCUUGAUGGAUACUGCGCAAACAGAAUUCAAUGCUCUGGUGGAUGGACACGGGCACACUGUUGCAGACGCUGCAGAAAAUUACCGGAGAAGAAGAGGCAGGCAUCCUCCACCAGGCUUCGACGCUUGGUUCGCUUUUGCUCAGGCUCACGAUGCUCUUGUUGUUGAGUCAUUCUUCGAUCAGAUCGAGGCGGAUCUCGCCCCUCUGCGGAGCAUUGAUCCAUACACUCUUCGUCAAACGGCCAACAACUUCUCGCCUAAGAUCACCAUUCGCAACGGAACAGUAGAUGCGCCCAAAGGCUCCUCGUAUAUAAAGCUGGCUCAGAUAGCCACAAUGAUACAGGCAGUCGCAGAACAAGAGAUCGUCCAACUACCCGACUUGGACAUUCCAGUGAACGUGAAUGACGAACCAGCAAUGCUAGUACCAUGGGAGACGAUCGAUACAGCAUUACAAUUCGUCAAGCCCAUUCUGACCCCACGAAACGAGACCAUCGAUAGUUUUGCCUCCAUCAAAGACGUAGAAUUACCGGUAUCCAAAUUCGAUCCAGAGUGGCUGAAUGGUCGGAACCGACAUACAUCUGCUCAAUAUCUUGGACCCCGUCCAUUCUGGUCCAUUGUACGUCCCGCAUGUCCCCCAGGUUCGCCUGCACGCGAUCAGCCGCUUAUGCAAGACAUAUGGCAUCGAGAAGGACAUACAAAGGAGGAACAUCUAGCUUCGGCUUUGCUUCCUCUUGGGCUGCCAGAAGGCUCAUAUGAAGGAUUUGUCCGGAAUUUGACCACUGCUACAGACGUAUGUCAGAACCCUUCGUGGCAGGGCUUACAUGGGGCAUUCGUAGCUCCGGCGCAUAUGAGUGUGACACAAAAGUUGUUCCCCCUGUUCUCGACAAGUAAAUUGGCUAUCAGCAAUGAGAUACUCAUCCCGAACGUGGGGGAUUGGAACGUAUCGAAGCAGACAACAAGCGAUCCCGUGACAUGGGCACAACGCGAGGAUAAACUUUACUGGCGUGGAUCUGCGAGUGGUGGGAAGAAUACAGCCAGAAAUUGGCAGCGCUUCCACCGGCAUCGCUUCGUGGCUAUGCUCAACGCAACGCAUGUCGAGAUCGCAGAAGGCUUGAUCCACGCCGGCAACGAGAGUAUCAUUGGUCUGGGGUACGCAAGAAACUUCCGUCUACUACCGGGCAAUGAGUACACUCUCACCACACAGCGAGGUGCGAAUAUGGCUGAGUGGGUGAACAAUUGGGGAGAUGCAGCUUUCACCGAUCUUCAAUGCAGUGAGCUCGGAAAUAAUGGAACAUGUCCCUACACUGACGAAUACUUCUCUGUAUCAUCUCAUGAUUCAUCGCUACCUCGGAACUCGACGAUUACGCACAAAUAUGCGGCAGUUCUGGAUGGCGAGGGAGGGGACGACAGCGGAAGUUUCAUGGCCUCUCUUCGAUCCGGACAAUUCACCCUCAAAGCGAGCAUCUACCGCCAAUGGUACGAUAGUCGCGUGAUACCUUGGAUGCAUUGUAUUCCUCUCGACAACACAUUUGUGGAUUUGUAUGCAGUGAUGGAAUUUUUCCGCGGUCCGCAAGUCAAAGGACGAAACGAAGCAUUUGCACAUGCCCAUAUAGAAAUGGAGAAACACGAACACCACUUCAACACACCCCCAGAAGGAAAAGAGAAGAGAGCUGGGUAUCAAAGCCGUCAUGUCGGGAAUAGCUCAGACCAAACUGCUGAUAGUAACGUCUCUGAAGAUGGUCAAGAUGAGAAAGCACAGAGGAUCGCUGAAGCAGGACAAGAGUGGGCUUCCAAGGCUCUUACUGAGAAAGACGUAUUGAUAUAUGUAUACCGACUUCUACUCGAAUAUGCAAGAAUCAAGGAUGAUCGAAGAGAGAUGUUGGGGUGGGUCGGAGACCUGUUGAUGGAAGAAGGAAAGAGCAAACCCUGA